AUGGAGUUUCCUGUCAAGACAAACUUUUUCCCGCAAGUGCGACUAACAACCGAGGAGCGACAACGUUAUGUCGCUACUGGAGAGCAGAGUGCAAGGGCACUUCGUAGCUCCCUCACGACUCUUGUUUGGAAAAAAACCAUGGAAAAGGACGGAGUGACCUACGCACAAGCACACUACAGUGAAGGCAGCAGUCUUUACUCCCCGUCAGUAGCAACUGAAGCAGCAAAAAAAGCCAAAAAUGAGUCGGAAGCAACCGCGUCGGCGUGUUUGAUCAUGAGUGCAACGACUUUUGCAGCUGGAACCAUCGGUGAGGCCCUAGAGGCGUUGGCGUCGCCUGUCACAGAGGACUAUCGGCGCGUUAUGCAUUUCCUGUACGGGUCCUCCUUCAUCGAUGGGGUAUGCUUGCACACAAUUACAGGAAAAGACUCCGACAACAGUGAUAAUAACGCAAAAUACAAUUCACAGGCUUUCACAGCUGUGAAGUGGGCAGCCUUUGACGACGGCAAGGCGUUCAAUGCAGGAGCAGGAUCUCCUGCUGGUACAGAUUAUUGCUUCCUCGAGCACUCAGGCAUACAUUGCAGUGAAAGGGGCAUUCAUAGUGUUGCCAUUGGUAGUGGAACCGACCUGUUUGGCUUUAGCAUUCAGGAAUCCAUCGUACGGGAUCGUGAGGUGCCUUCACUUCCUGGGGCCGGACUAGUCCGAGGCCAUCUUCAUCGAACCGGCAUCCUCAUCUUGCCCACGGAUCGUCCCGAUGUGAUACAGAUUACUUUUAUCUUUCAGACGCGCAUAGCGAAAGGCACUAUGAGCGAUGGCAGCGGACCCCUAGCAAGUUCCGGAAAGGCCAGUGUUCUGGCUUUAGCUCGACAAAUGCGUCGACGAGUGGCCGCAGUCGGAAGGUUGUACCUUCUAUUGGAGCGGCGUCGGCUUAGCAAGCUCAAGCAUGUACCACGAGCCGACUGGGUGCCCGAUGACGCCCGCAAGAUCUGUGCUGUGUGCGUGAAACCUUUUGCGCUGAGACGGCGAAAGCACCAUUGUCGUCACUGCGGAGAGGUCGUGUGCUCGUCGUGUGCUCCUGCGCGCGAUGUCGACCUCAAUACCGCUACUCCCUCUUCUACCACUGUUCGUAUUUGCACAGCAUGCGUGGUGCAAUCACGAACCGGAGCUCAAGGUCAUGGUAACUACGACAUAUUUGUGCAUCGCCUGAGAGAUACAGGACCCACGCCGACAUUUCGAUCCUUGACAAAUUCAGCAGGGUGCCUAACGCUUGCCGACAACAACAGCGCCGAGGCUGAAACCCGAAGGAAAUCGAUGUCAUCCCGGAGCAGCAUGUUUUCCAUUUCAAGCGACUCACAGAUCUCCGCUCGACUCACAGACGCGGACUACGCAGACGGAUCCAUAAGCUUCUAUGACUAUGGAAACGAUCACAUUGACGCGUCGUCGAGCACUUCUAGCAUCGAUUCGCUGAGCAGGUCUAGCAUCGAUUCGCUGAGUGAUUUGGACGCCCUUGACAGCUUGGCAAGCUCUCCUCGUUCCAACCAGGACGAGAUCGACUGUCAAUACUGGCGGUACGGUCGUAGUAGUCAAUGGAGCGAUUGUGGCCGGCCUGAUGCUCGUUCAACAUUACCGACGUCUACCAGCAAUUUGGGAAACCCCGAGUCACCUACCAAACUACUCGAGCGAAUCCGAGGAAUGAAGUCUGACUUAUUUACACUGGCAACGUCGUACCGGCAUUUCAGUGAUGCCAGCAACUUUAGCAUCGGCAGCAGUUUUGUCAACUCCUGCGUCGACGAAGAAGACGUUGCAGUGUGUCGCAUGACUUGGUCUGCUCCCCUUAGUCUGGAAUUUAAACACGAAGACAGCAGGCAACGGACAAGAAGUAGUUAUUGCGAAGGCACUGAGGAGGCAACGAACGUCGACUUUAUCAACAGCAGCGAGCAAUUCACGCUGCUCUGUCCAGAGACGCUCAGUCGGCAGUGGCGCACACGCACUAGCAGCCAAGUACAUCAGGAUGCUGGUGAGAAAUUCGACCUUAGCUUGAGUCUAUCGAGCAUGUCGUUUGUAUCGACAUUGUCUAAUUUGACGAUACUUGGUGAUGAAGAAGACCUGGAACGCCGCGAGUCACGAGAGUCGAAGAGCGCUAAAGUCAGCGAGAAUCAAGUGGAGCUACAGGUGCUACAGCAUCAGUUUGAGGGACUAAAUCGAUCGCUGACGACUGCAACGUCGCAACUCGACAGCUUUUACACGUGUGAGGUGUCCUAUCAACCGUGUCCAGUGCUGGUAGAUCCGGUAGCUGCAAGACAUCAAGCCAUGUACAAGUUGCUGAUGGAAGAACUGCAUGAAAUUAUAGGACUGCCAUGUCCAGGCCACAAGUACUAG